AUGAAUCGACCAUCACACGAAGACGACGGCUGGGACCACCCGGAAUGGAACCAAAACCCGCCUGCUCUGGCUGGAGACUUGACGACAAGAAAUGACCUGAAUGGUGUUGUCAAUUCUAGACGAAACCGUGACCGGAGAAUAGAUGACGACGACUUGAAUCGCAUCCAUCCAGAGCCGUACGAACUGAUUGAGGUGAACGAAAAAGGCAAGAGUUUGCCUCGGGUCACGGAGGACCCGUACCCUGGCCCUAGUGGCCACCAACCGGAGCGCUCGUCGUCCUCGUCGUCGACGUUGCGUUCCGCCGAGAUGCCUGUGUCUGGUAGCAGGCGUCUCGGCAACCGCAUCAUGUACGUCCUUGCCAAAUACGCAAAGUUCGUUGGUCCCGGUGUCAUGAUCUCAGUCGCCUAUAUCGAUCCUGGAAACUAUUCUACUGCUGUCGCAGCUGGCUCUACUUUCCGGUUCAGGCUUCUGUUUAUAGUCUUCUUGUCCAACAUUUUUGCAGUCUACCUGCAAUGCUUGUGUGUCAAGCUAGGCUCAGUCACUGGUUUGAAUCUGGCAGAAAUGAUCAGAGCUCAUUGCCCUCGAUGGCUCAACUGGAUUCUUUAUCUNUUUGGAGAGGCAGCAAUCAUAUGCACUGAUAUCGCAGAAGUGAUUGGUACUGCUAUUGCUCUUAAUCUCCUUUUCCAUAUCCCUCUGGUAGCUGGCUGUGCUAUCUCUAUUGUGGACGUUCUUGUGAUUUUGAUGUUUUACAAACCGACUGGCACUGUGCGAGGUGUUAGNAUUUUUGAAGGCUUCGUUGCUUUAUUGGUCAUCGGUGUUGUGGUUUGCUUCUGCUACCAGCUUUCCAUCAUCACCAAUACAUCAAUCGGCGAUGUCUUCCGUGGCUACAUCCCGUCUUCAGCUAUUGUUAAGUCUAANGGGGUACGUAUAUUACCCAAGCCCGCUUGGAAUAAACUUUUGCUAAUCUUGUCUAGCCUAUAUCAAUCAUGUGGCAUCUUGGGCGCAACUGUCAUGCCUCACUCGCUCUAUCUGGGCUCGGGAAUCGUGCAACCACGUCUGAAAGAAUACGAUGUGCAACACAACAACAUCCCGGCCGCCUCAGAUGACGAUGAUAGUGGCCCGGUCAAGUACCGUCCCAGUGUGGCCGCUGUCCGAUCUUGCAUGAAAUACUCAAUCGUCGAGCUUUCGACAUCUCUCUUCGUCUUCGCCUUGUUCGUCAACAGCGCCAUCCUGAUCGUCGCCGGAGCUUCACUCUACAACACCGAUGCCGCCAGUGCCGAUCUAUUUGGCAUUCAUAAGCUGUUGGCUCAUCAGCUCGCUCCUGUCGCAGGAACCAUUUUCGCCCUCGCUUUACUCCUCUCCGGUAUCUCCGCUGGUAUCGUCUGCACAAUUGCUGGCCAGAUGAUUUGUGAGGGCCAGUUGACAUGGGCAGUCAAGCCUUGGGUGCGCCGCUUGAUGACACGCUCAAUUUCCAUCACACCUUCCAUUAUCAUCGCAGGUGCCGUAGGCGCAGAUGGGCUUUCCGCCGCGCUCGAUGGCUCGCAGGUUGCUCUCAGUGUCAUUCUGCCUUUUGUCAGUGCGCCUCUGAUUUACUUUACCUGUCGUGAGAGGUACAUGACCAUGUCUGCGAGCAACGGCGACCUGAUUAGUAUGCGCAAUCAUUGGUUCACUGCCGCCAUUGCGGUCAUCAUCUGGCUUGUCAUCGUGGUUAUGAAUGUCGCGCUUUUGGUGUUGUUGGGUUUGGGUGUUAAUUAG